AUGGCCACAGAUCUCUUGACUGCGAAGUCAAACUACGGUGACUGGCGCGACUUCUUUUUCGAACAUGGCUACGCCAUCAUUAAGAACGCUAUUACUCCUGAGCGAGCGGAGUACUACAAAUCAAAGCAGGUCGAAUGGCUCAAAUCUUUCAAUCGCGGAUUCGAUCCGGCGAAUGAAGACACCUGGACCUCUGAGCACCUCCCAGUCUCGUUCAAGGGGGGAAUGUACGGGUCCUACUGCGCCCCACAUGAGCGGUUCGCGUGGGAAGCAAGAAUGGAACCCGGUGUGAUGAACCCAUUCAUUCAUAUCUGGGAAACGGAAGAGUUGCUGGUCAGUUUUGACAUGUUCAACAUUACACUUCCUCGUCAGAAGGACUUGAAGUGGUCGCCAUGGCCUCACUGUGAUCAGGAUCCUAAGAGAAAGGGUCUUCAAUGCAUUCAAGGACUCCUCAACUUCGCUCCUAAUGGAGACAACGACGGUGGUCUUAUCCUGAUGGACGGUUCCGCCAAGCUCUAUGAUCAAUUCUUCAAGGAGACCAGAGUGAUGGCAAACCACGAAGACGCCCCACCUCCGAGCGAAAAUUACCGUGAUCUGUUCAUUUUCAAGGAAGAAGAUGUCAAGUGGUUCGAGGAUCGUGGGUGCCGCCUCAUCAAACCCAACCUCGAGCCAGGAGACCUGGUGCUAUGGGAUUCACGAUCUAUGCAUUAUGCCAAGCACCCUGAAGGAACUCAAAUUAGGCAUGCGCAGUACGUGUGCUUCACGCCAGUCAAGUUUGCGGAUCCCCAGAGUUUGAAGGAGAAGGCGGACAUCUUUAGUUCGUGGGGAGGCACCACGCACUGGCCGCACACGAACAUUCAUCCUCAGGGAAAGGCAAAGAGGGAUGGUGUAAUUGACCCGCAAGAGCGAGAGGAACCUCUGGAGAAACCCAUUGUAACCGACAGGUUGUUGCAGCUGGCUGCGGUGAAGGCGUAUUGA